CUCGGGUGGAGCCGGGUUGACUCCUUGCCAAGGCUCCGAUUGGUCGCCGCAUUUCGUUGCCGUGGGAAGCCGCGCUCUUGGUGUUGGUGCCCGGGUGGGGUCGUGCAUGGAGAGCAAGGUCCGUAGACCUUGUAGGGAUGGUUGGCUAUGAUCCGGAUUCCGAGUGUAGCUCCCUUUCGACUCUGAAAGUAGCGGCGGCAGGAUCCGCUUCCGGAUUGGUCACUCGGGCAAUGAUCGGCCCUUUUGAUGUGCUGAAGAUUCGAUUUCAGCUUCAGAUAGAGCAGCUUUCCUCCAAAAAUCCACAUGCGAAGUAUCAUGGUAUCUGGCAGGCUGCUGGUAAGAUUUUUCAGGAGGAGGGGGUCACUGCAUUUUGGAAAGGUCAUGUCCCUGCUCAACUUCUUUCCAUCACAUAUGGGGCUGUCCAGUUUGUCAGCUUUGAAUUUCUGACGAAGCUGGCACACCAUGGCACAUCUUACGAUGCUCGUGACUUCACUGUGCACUUUAUCUGUGGCGGUCUGUCUGCUUGUGCUGCUACUAUAACAGUUCAGCCUCUUGACACAUUGCGCACUCGCUUGGCUGCCCAAGGAGAACCGAAGAUUUACAGGAACCUCCGCCAUGCUGUGGUCAGCAUGUACCAGAAGGAAGGGCUCCUGACUUUCUAUAGGGGACUGAGCCCAACCAUAAUUGCCAUUGUUCCUUAUGCCGGCUUCCAGUUUUCCUUCUACAGUCUCCUGAAGAGGGUGUACAACUGGAUUGUUCCAAGCGACGAGACGAAGAAAGGUAAUAUUAGAAACUUAGUGUGCGGCAGCUGUGCUGGUGUCCUCAGCAAAACCCUGACCUAUCCCUUUGACCUGUUCAAGAAGCGACUGCAAGUAGGUGGUUUUGAACAAGCCAGAGCAGCCUUUGGGCAGGUUCGAAGCUACACUAGCAUCAUGGACUGUGCCCGACAGAUAAUCUUGGAUGAGGGACCCAGAGGGUUCUUCAAGGGCUUCACCCCAAGCAUGUUGAAGGCUGCUUUCUCCACCGGCUUCACCUUUUUCUGGUAUGAGCUCUUUUGCAGUCUUCUGCUAACAAUGCAAGACUCUGGUGGUUCCAAGAAGCAAGAAGGCUAAUGCAAGCAAGAGCUGCUUACCUGCCUUCCCCUCCGGUGGAUGUUCUUAAGAGUGUAAUUCUGGCAGCUGCAGCCAUCAUAGUUGGGGAUUGAAGGGUGAGGCAAGGCAUAUGGGACUGGAGAUUUGAGACGUGACUCUCAGCCCAAGCCCAGGAUGCACAUUACUCAUUGGUUUGGUUCAAAACAGAAACGGUGGCUGACCUCAACACCUGCUCAGGUUGCCUGUUUAGUCUGCAGUUGCAGCGUUUGUGAGUCUUGAUGAGGUUCAUCAUCAAGGCCUCUGAAGAUCUUUGCUGCAAAGGGGUGUCUGCUUUUUCUACUGUUUCAUAACAGAGGGUUUCAAUCAGACCCCCGGGUCACAUAUCAAAAUCCCCUUUUGUGACCCUGAAAACUUUAUACCCUUAAACCGAACCAUAUAUUGACUAGUGGCUGGCCAGACUUCUCUAGCAUGGCCAUUUUGCAAUGCCUGUGAUAAGCUGGAUGUCCUGGCAUUUAGGGACAUUUGCUUAAUAGACAACUACCUGCCUUGGCCAUUCAGCCCCACAGUAAAAAUAUUACAGGUGUUUUGUCAGGUCAUUCCCCCAUUCGCUUGCUUCUUGGCUGAGGUUCUUGCAGGCCCUGUGAUUUUACAGUGUUUCAUUAGUGAGUAUGUGGAAAUUGUCUUGUUGCCAAAAUCCUAAACGAAGUAGAGGAAGAUCUGCUUAUCUUUCCCUUCUGUGUUAGCAGGACCAUUAGAGUUCAUGGUUCCUCUUGCCCUACCCAUACAUAAAUAUAUUUUGCCACUACUCCAAAUUCAAAAUAGAGGGCAAGCAUACAAGGGGCCUGUAAAUUAGACACAUAUUUUUGCACUAUCAACUUCUCCCUUCUUACUAAAACACAUAUGCUGGAUAUAAAUGCUUAAGAAGUUUUUGUUUUAAACUUUUUCAUUUUGAAUCAAAGUGAUGAAAAAAUAGUGUUGACUACACAAUUAUUCAGUUUCAUUUUGUGAAAAGAUACAUCUUUUAAAUUAUUGUAAUGAUUUUUCUUAAACAAUAUUAUCCCCUGAUAGCUUUCUUUUCCCCCAAGAAGAAGCUCUGGAAUAACAACGGAAAUUUUUUUGCAGCGAACUCUUAACAUUUAGUGAAAAAAGAAUUGCUUGCCUGGCUGAAUUUGGCCAAUUUUAUAUAUAUAUGAAAGCUAUAAAGAAAAUUAAACAAUUGGUGCAAUCUUGUUGAAGUUUACUCAGAAAUAAAUCUCACUAUGCACAUUUAGAAUUGCAGCCUUUACUUUCCAAGUCAUGGAAAGAUAGAUUUCUCAGUUUCCUGGUACAUGCUCUGUAUUUACAUUAAAAAGUUCACUGCAAUUGGGUAAGUAAGUUUGCUUUAAGGUUUUGUCCUCACAAGCUGAAUAUUCUUAUACUAAUUCAGUUCUGCCUGACAUAAAAUAUGAGUUGUCAUAGUCCCAGUUUCAUACACAGGAAGAAGCUGAUUCUCUUUUCUCUACCCAUUUUCUAUGCACUUUUCUGUAAAAUGUAAAUGUAAAAGCAUAAAAAUAAUGUAUAUUUAUUUAUGUAGAUAUUUUUGUACUCUGUAACCUUUGCAUGGUAGCUGGGGAAAAAGCAAUGACUGCAAACUGACAGGGUAAGAGUUGGGAAAUCACCAAAUUUUUUACAGCAAUCAAGUUGAUUUCCACUCCAUGACAUCCUUUCAGCAUAGGACAAUCCACAUUCAGAUACACUGCUAAGUUGAAGGUACUGAAGUAAUACACAAGUACACUCCAGUUUGCUAUAUACCUGAUAAGAUAUAACCAAAGCUUCUGGAAAGAGAGAGGCUUAAAAAAAUUAAGAGAUUUGUUUCCAGCAGUAUCUGCAAAUUCUUUUUAUGAAACUUCCACUACUGGCAGGAUGGAUUUUAAUUCUUUUGGUAUCAAAUUAUGCUGAAUCAGUAGAAUCAGAGCUGUUGCUGUUUAGAAGUACAGAGACUGCAAGCAGGAAAGUUUCAAGCUACUUUCUUUUGCUUACCUACUGGGUCAGGUUGUUCUUUGUACUCUUAUCUGUAUUUAUUUUCAUAAGAGCUGUGAAAGUCACAUUCCAGCUACAUUGCAUACCAUUGGAAGGGCCCUGAUUUGUGCAAACUUUGUUCUAUGUUCUCAUGCAGGACCUUUAAAACUGAGUCUUGCAACUUGGAAAGGGAUA